AUGAAUGUACUCAGAGAUGGUGGAUUCAGGUUACAUAAAUGGAUCAGUUCCAAUCCAUCUGUAUUGCAGUCAAUCCCCGAAGAAGAGAGAGCUAAAAACAUCAAGGGUCUAGAUCUUAAUCGAGAUGCAUUACCUGUCGAAAGAGCACUUGGAGUAACCUGGGAUGUGGAGAUGGACUGCUUGCUGUACAAGUUCAGACCCAGAGACAAACCACCCACAAGACGAGGAAUAUUGAGUAUAGUGUCUUCAAUCUACGACCCUCUUGGCUACAUUAUCCCCUUCACUUUGAGGGCUAAGAUAAUUCUGCAGGAAUUGACCAGACUUAACCUUGGUUGGGAUGAGAUAAUUCCGGUGACCGAAAUGGAAAAGUGGAAUGAAUGGUUAAUUGAUCUACCCAAGAUGGCCGAUUUUCAAGUGAACAGAUGCGUUAAACCUCAUAAUUUUGGUGAAGUAAAGGAAUAUGAAGUACACCACUUUGCAGACGCUUCAGAGAUGGCAUAUGGAGUUUCAUCUUACCUAGUGUUGAAGAAUGCAACUGGCCAGAGUUAUAGUGGGUUGAUCAUUGCCAAAUCACACCUCGCCCCACUAAAGAGAAUGACUAUCCCUCGACUUGAAUUAAUGGCGGCCGCUCUUGCAGUAAAAUUGGAUGCCUUUCUGAGAAGGGAAUUGGAAAUACCCAUCAAGCGAUCGGUGUACUGGACCGAUAGCACUAUAGUUUUGCAGUAUAUUAGGAACGAGGACAAAAGGUUUCAUACCUUCGUGGCCAAUAGAAUAGCAGCUAUUCGAGAUCAAUCAGUGCCAAGUCAGUGGCAUUACAUCAAGACUCAGUGUAAUCCAGCAGAUGAUGUCACGAGAAGUAUGACGGCUGAUGAGCUAAAGGCAAAUUCUAGAUGGCUUGUAGGUCCAAAUUUCAUCCAGCAAAACGAAAAUGAAUGGCCAGAUGAUCCUACUACAACUGAGACUGUUGAAGAGAAUGACCCAGAGGUGAAAAGGAGGAAGGAUACUCAGGUAUUUACGACUGACACCGACCAAUCCAAUACAGUAGACAGCCUGUUAACACACUACUCGUCAUGGCACAAACUAAAGGUAGUAGUUGCCUGGAUCCUUCGAGUGAGACAACACUUGUUGAACAAGACGAAAGGACAAACAUGUGAUGAAAGGAGCUCACUUGAUGCUAGCGAUAUGAGUAAAGCUGAAGAGGCUAUUGUGAGGUACAUCCAACAACAGACAUAUUCCAAGGAAUACAAGGCCUUACAGCAAAGCACGGCUGUGCAGGGAGAUGCAGCAAUUCAAGUAGCCAAUUCCAGUCCGCUUUCCAAAUUGAAUGUCCAGUUUACAGACGGAGGCCUAAUAUGUGUUGGAGGAAGGCUUCAAAAUUCGCCUCUGGACGAGCAGACAAAACAUCCAGUUAUCCUGCCACCAAAGCAUCAUGUUGUGAAACUCUUGAUACAACAUUAUCACUCCUUGUCCGGGCACUCAGGAAAGGAACACGUGCUUUCGCUGCUGAGGGAAAGGUACUGGAUACUCAAGGGAAGGCAAGCAGUACGGCAAGUAUUACACAACUGCUUUACAUGUAGAAGACUACGUGCCAGUCCAGUGGAACAGAAAAUGGCUGAUUUGCCAUCAGAUAGAGUGUUACCUAGCAAACCUCCCUUCAGCUACGUUGGAGUCGAUGUAUUUGGACCAUACAUGAUAAAGCAAGGAAGAAAUUUGAUUUAUUUCCCGCCGUGGUCAACCAGAGAUUAUCAGGUCGGACAAUAG